AAAUUUUUAACCCGAAUUUGCAUUUUUUUUAAAUUGAUUUUAAAAAUACCGCCUUGAAACUAUAACCAUAUACGGAACGGUGUCGUUCCGCCGCAUACAGUAAAAAGUAACGAGAGUUAAAAGAACAGUGGCACUGGCGCCGAUAGUCUCUUGUCCCUGUCUCUUCGCGUAUUCGAAAUUUAAUUUUCACAUAGUUUUAAUUCUGUGGGUAAAAUAAAUGCGGUGUCCUGGUAUCUAGGGAGAUAUCGGCGUGGAAAUAUAAGUCCGUGUUGGUGGCGCGGAACGGACAAAGGUAUGCGCGUUCGGUAUGUGGAUACUCACGAUAAAGGUGCGAAAGAAUGGUGAAAAUACAAGCAAAGAAAGACUAAAAUAGUAACCCUGCGGGCAAUCGAGUGUAAGGGAACGAGUCAAGUACGGCUGGAUGCGCUGUUAGUUCGGUCCUUCUCUAUCGAGCGCGGGUAAGAAUAAGUCGCUCCUUGUCGUCUCGAGGCGCAUUAAAACGAUGUCUAACUUUCGACGGGUGGUUGGCAGCCGUGCGUAAAAGAAAUAAAUAAUCAAAGCGACCAUGAAGUGACAAAUAAAGUUGGAGAACAAUGCUCGCGAAUGGCAAGGAAAUUUGAGUGCAGCGUGCAUUGGCCCCCGUUCUAUGUUUUGGACACAUCUUACGCGGUUACAUCGUAGUGUUCCCAACGACAUUAAAGCCGGAGGCGCGCUAUGUACUUGCUGCGGAGACGAGGCUGACAUUUAGAAUAUUUUCAUCGUUACCACCUCCGUGGGUAUUGGUUUUGGCUAUCGUGUUCCUGUAUCAGUCGGCCGCUGACAACCGAGAUUCCUCCAUACGUAGGAAUCCGAUUCCGCGGUUGGCCCGGAUUAAAUGACUGAAAACGUACGGGAGCGACGGUCACCAGAACGUUUCGUGAGAAUCAACAGAUCCACAGAUAUGACUUCCACGCGAAGGCUAUCGUGCACCGUUCUGUGAGGACACACUUGCACCACGAUACCGGUCAACGAUAUUCCUGUUGUUAACCUCAAUCAACGUUUCGUGUGCGUCGUUAUUCCGCGCGGUGCGGACUGUAGUGGCCAUGCGUCUGAUUUUUAUACAGCUGACCAACGUCUGACAGGAUAAUUGACAAGCAGCCUCCAAACAUGAAAACAGAAAAGAAACCCAGUGAACCGAGUUGUGUGCCUACUACUGUUGUGAAAGAGGAGCCUGAUACAGAUCCGGUCAAAAUCAAGGAAGAAGGUGGUGGAGCCAACAAUGAUGAUACAACUGGAGAGGACACAACAGAAUGUCCACGAGACCCUUGCCUGGAUUCUACUAACGGGGACAGUACGUUACCAGGAGAAAAUCAAAAUAACACGAAUCAACCGAUCUUAAAUUCAGUGAAACAGGAAGGAGAUCAUAAUAAUCCCACAGAUGAUUUACCCGAUUGUAGUGGUAAUGUGAUCUCUGGAGAUGGAAUUCAGCCAUUAGUUAGUAAUGUUCUUGGAAAACAAAUGGGAACUAGUACAGGAAGCGGUGAAGCUCAAUACAUGCAACAACAAAGUCAAAUUUUUGUAUUUUCUACAACAUUAGCAAACAAGGGUGCAGAUGCAGUGUUGCAAGGGCAAUAUCCAUCAAUUAUUGCUUAUCAUUGUGCACAGCCAGGCACUAAAAAGUAUUUAGAGAAACACCCAAAUAAAGUAAAUCAGUUUCGACAGAAUCCUGCACAAUGGUUAAACAAUCUGGCUAUGAUGAAACAGAAAGGUCAUCAAGGAGGUACGAAUAAUACUUUUCCAACAGAACAACCUCCAGACCUACCAGCUAUAGAUCCUAAUGCUCCUCCAUUCUGGAAUGAACAACCUAAUUUAAGAAACUUGAAUGGUGGGAACACUCUCGGUAAUUCUGAACCAUCACUGGAUGAUGCUAAUAUAGAUGUGCCUUGCCUUGUACCAAAUUCACCUGGUAAUUCAGCAAAUCCACAGCCACCUAAUAGUACAACAAUGGGCCACAGUCCCAAUUUAUUAGGAGGUAGUACCAGUCCAGGUCCAGGGAGUCUGCAACCAUCUUUGCAAGGUGUUAAAGUUCCGGAUGAAAAUUUAACCCCACAACAAAGGCAGCAUAGAGAAGUUCAAUUAGCGACCAUAAGGAAAAUGCAAAUGAUGUUAUUUCCUGAGCAUAAAGAAGAACCUACGAACUCGUUAGAUGCAACACAAGGAACAACACAAGCAGUAUCAUCGUGUCCUCCAACAAAUGUUCCUUCAGUUGUAUCAACACAGUGUCCGCCGAGCAUGGACUGGCAUAAAUUACAGCACCAGUUUCUUGAUGGAAAAACCAAGGCCAGUGUAGGAAGUCCUGGUACCGGUGUUUCAUUACGAGGUGCUGGAAUGGUUGGAGUUCCUAGAAGUCAAGGACCACCACCGCCAUAUCAUCAAACAACUCGAUCAGCAAGUGUGCCAAUCGCAAUACAAAGUCCAAAUCCUUCGUCACCUAAUAAUCCCACUAGUAAUUUGUCGUUACCGUCGCCUCGUGCAAGUUCAGCACUAAAUUCACCAGCAGACUGCAACAGACAGUUCCAACUCAGCAAUCAGAGAACGAAUCACCUGCCAGGACAAAGUCCGACCAGUCAGGAUUCCCCUAAUCCGACAGUUGGUAACGCAACCGCAGUUUCAACGACAAGACUAAACCACAGUAAUCCAGGCACACCGGUUUCUCACUCGCACAUUUCGACGCUUAGUCCAAGUGGAACGACUGCUCAAAAGGAUUCAUCUUUGGACUUCCCUACCAGUCAACCACCUAAUGUGGAUGGUAUGUUUUGCCGCACGCUGCAAUCCUUAGCCCAGCAAAAGCAACAACACACUGGAGCAGUGAAUGCAGCGGGUGUUAAGGAAGCGAACUUGAUGCCUGUUCCGAGUCCACAACAAAUUCAGUAUCUUAACACGUUUGAAGGGCAGGAGUUGACUAUACAGAAGCAGCCGAAUACUAGCUUGAAGGAUGGCAAUUUGUCCACAAACACCGCCAGCAAUACAGAUAUACCGAACAGAAUUUUGUCGGGAAAUAUGGAUAACAGCAAUCAGUAUGCUGCUAGAUCUGAAGGUGCAAGUCCAGUUCAGAUGGAUAGUAUGAACCGUGGUUUUACAGGUUCAUUGCACAGCCCACACACUCCUCAUACUCCACACACACCGGGUAACGGUGCUCCUCAUACUCCAGUAGAUCCUGGGAAACCCGGCAACAAGUCAAGCGCAAGUGCACAAAGUAGUCCGGUACCACACAAUACAAACAUACCAGACAGUAUGGGUCCUCCAAGAACAGUACCAGCAUCACCUACUACAAAACCCGACACAUCUCCGCCAUCAACAAAGGAUAAUCCACAACAGCAGCCCCAGAAUCAGCAGCAGCAACAGCAGCAGCAACAGCAACACCAACAGCAGCAGCCACAACCACAACAACAACCACAAUCACAACAACAACAACAGCAGCAACAGCAAACGCAGCAGCAACAACCGCCACAGCAACAACAGUCUACAGUAGUGAAUUCCAAUAAUUCUGGAAACACAACAGUAGUGCCUCCGUUAGGUGGAGGCACUGCCGCCUCGUUUCCUUGCGGAAGACCUUCUAUAAACGUGAGUCAACCUUCAGACAAUGUGCCUCUAAAUCCCAACAAUAUCGGAGGGCGACUCGGCAGUUUGACCGCCAUGAGUACAAAUCACUUUGACCCUAUAACUUCCUUGGCUCAAAUGAGUCAGCAACUCACCAACACAGCAACUAGUAAUUCACUGGGUAACGAUGGUUCUAUUCAUUCCGGUAACACCGGAAUGAUGCAGUUCGGUAACCCACACGGUAUGCACAUGAUGCAAAUGGGCAGCGAGAUGAAUGGAAAUUGCCACAUGGGUGGUCCCGCUAGCGAACCAGGCGAAGUAGGAGGAAUGUGCAUGGGUUUACCUGGACCACCGACUAGCUACAGUCCAACCACUUCGCAUACAGGAAGUCCUGGGGUACCUAGUAAAAUGGGGCACCCCAUAAUGGGUCACGGCAUGAUGAGUAGCCAUUCGGGUAAUGCAGGCGGUGCGUAUCCGGGUGGCGAUCCCCAUGCACCACCACCGAGACUAAUGACAGGACACGUUGCUGGUCCUAGUCCUUACAACGGAGCAAAUGUUCAAGUGAAACCUAGUGCUCCGAACACAAUACAAUAUCUACCAGCGAGACCCAACGUUGGUCAUACACCCAGAGGACCGCCGAGUUUGGACUUCCUUCAACGAUUCACAAAUCCUUUAACUAAUUUAGAAUCAAAGAUGGGCACACCCUCUGUAAAUCUUCAGUACUUCCCAAAUGGAUGUGUACCAAAUAGUAUGGGCCCGCACGGUGGCAUGCCGUCAACCAUGAGUGGUGGUAUUCCUGGUAUGGGAGGCUCACCAAGGAUGGACGGACAAUCCAUGAAUACGUCAGUUGGUGUGCAUCCUUCGAUGAGACCUGUCGGCAACAUGAGACCUCAGCCAAACUUAAUGAGAAUGCAGCACAUGGUUGGGGGUGGAGUCUUUCCAGGAAGUUCAAUGGAUCCAGAUAAAGUCUUCCCACCCGAGAUGGUGUCGCAAGUUCCCAAUCAACCCAACCCCGGUAUGUACGUGUCCGGCAGCAAAGGCAGCCCGAUGGGUCUAGGACCUCCUCCUGACGCGACUCAACCACUACCACCAAGCAUGGGUGGUGCUACUAGUAAUUUUAAAAACAGCCCUUUCGUUGGUAGUGGACCUAGCAUGUCGGACCCAAAUUAUGCUCAACAAUUCCAUAACUUCCAACAACAGUUAUACGCCACCGGUACUAGGGGUAGUGGGCCACCGCAUCCUAAUUUACAUCCACCGCCGAAUUCACAUUCGCAUCAGCAGUUCUUUAUGCCCAAAUAAAACGUGUGUAUGACGGAGAGAGAGAGAGAGAGAGAGAGAGAGAGAGAGAGAGAGAGAGAACGAGAGAGAGUGUGAGCGAGCGAGUGGUAGAAUGCGGUGGGGGGGGGGUGCGUGAGAGAGCGAGAGAGAAAGAGUAAGUUGCCGAGAGAGUGGCGCGUGGGAGGGGGAGCGCAUGUGCGUUUACGAGUGUGUGGGUAUGAAAGGAAAGAUAUAUCGUAACUGCGAUGAUUACGAUUGUGGUGGCCUUUGUUGGUGUCCUUUCGACAAUUGCGUUUAACUGAGGACAGGACCUGAUCCGAUGUCGAGUAUGAAAAUAUUUCUGGAGAGUGUACACUUUUAUUAUUAAAUUAAGCGAUCUUGUA